AUGCUGUCAGAAGUGGCAGGGCCAGGGCCCAGACCAGAGCAUUCUGGCUUCAAGGCCGCUGCUCUUAACAGCACUAUGCGGCUUUGGAUGACCAGAGCAGUCCUCUUCCCGAAAGAAACUCAUGUUUUCACGAUCUUCCCCCAAGGAUUCUGCCAGUCUCAGACCUCGGCUAGUGAUGAAGAUGCCAGCAGGGGUCCCGUCUUCAACCCUGAACUGGUCAUUGCCCACUGCUUCAAGCAGUUCAAGCAGAAGGACUUCCACCUGCCUCGAAGCCGCCGGCGGAUCAUCAUCUUGCCUCGAAAGGAAGAUGCAACCUCCGUCGUUGUCGUCAAUCCAACACCACAGCCCCAGGCUCCCUCACAAAUCAUCCCCAGCUUCAAAGCCCUGGAAGCCAGGGACGUCCAAGAGCCCCAGGAGGAUGUGAGAACCUGGAUGAGCCAGAGGUUGAAAUUUCGGCAGGAACUAGAGUCAUGUGUCAACAUAGACAAGUGGCUGCAGAACAAGUCCAGCCUCACGCCUUCAGAGGCCAAGAUCUUACGCAUGACCCACAAGGAGCAUCCUGUGGCCCCGCUGAUGACCCACUUGAUCCCUCCCAGCCCCACCAAGAAGAAAAUCCUCCGACCAUUCCACCAACCGAUACCCCAGCUCCGACUGCCCAAGCCCUCUGCCCUGUUUGUCUUGUACUCCUACCUGCGCAGCCACAAUAUGAAGAUCCUGGAUAUAUUUGCCAGGGUGGAACAGAGCAAUAAUCAGGCGAUCUCCAGGGAGCUGUUCAUUAUGGCUCUGAAGGUGCUUGAAGUCCCUCUGGGAAACCAGGAGAUAGAGGAUAUUGUGAUCUAUCUCAGCUCUCUGGGGAAGCACAACAACAUCACCAUGGAUAGCCUGAGCAACACCUACAAGCAGUGGUCCUUGGCUCAGCAGAAAAGCAUGCUGAGAACUACAAAGGAUUCCUAUUUUAGGUCUUCCAAGCACAAAGCUUUGUCUCGGCAGCUGUCCAAGAAGCAGGUGAAUUUAGCUCCAAAGGCUCCCAAGAUGGACCAGCUGGCUGUGCCUGUGGUUGACACUCAGAUGGAGGCAAGGCCCUUGAGCCUGGAGGAGAUGGAAGACAUCGGCAAGCGGUACCGGCAGAGGAAGCGGCAGACCAAGCUCACAAUCCCCUCCAUCCAGUACACGGAGCAGUGCCGCCUGGUGCGCAGUGGGAAUAAGCAUUUUGACAAUCACUGCCUCCCGUCCACCAUCCCCGGGGAGAUGGGCGAGCUCAUCAAUUUGUUCCGAAGGGACACCUUUCUGCUCUACCUGAAGUGCCAGAAGGUCUGUCAGUACUAUGGCCUCCCGCUGUCGGAGGACAUCCUCAUAAAAGCCCUGCUGUACCCAGGGGACAAGAUCAUUUUCCAGAAGGACGAGGUGCGCCCCAUCCGGCAGCCAGGAGGCUACUACGUGGACCUCCUCCUCAGCCCAACUGCAGCCCUCCUCAAGUCCCUGGGCUUCAAAGAGUUUGUGGCUAAGAAGACCAACAAGCUGAGUGUCAGACGCCCCCCACUUCCCCUUUCCCUUUGCCUCCUGACUUGCUGCUGUCCAUCAGCUACAGAAGCUGGGAUGCUGACUUACUUGGGAUGUCAUAUUGUACCAGUGUCUCUGUCCACCCCACCAACCUGGAUUUCCCCUCUCCUGACUAUAUACCUCUCUCUCUUAUCCACUAGGAAACAGUCAAAGAAAAUGGACUUUGAAGAUUUUGAGAAAUUCACCAGGAAGCUGAAGGAGAAGAGGCCCCGUGGUCCACAGCGUACCCACCCCAAUUUCUUCUGGCCGGGUCACCUCCUGGACAAACUGCAGCUCUACCUGCCCUCUGCGACUGUGGACCGGAGCCUGAUGCUAUUCAGUUGUGUUCAACAGCGGCCCCCAGUUUACCCAGCCACCUACCACUCCUAUCUGUGAUAGCCCAUUAGGAAUAGGGACUACAUGACCUGUGUUUAUUUCAAUGCCCCCAAGAUCUACUACAUCGACUAGAGUGGCCCAGGUGAUGUCAGACCCAGCCAUCCUGGGCUGGACACCAGUGCAGCUAGCAGCCCAGAGCCAUAGACACCAGGAGUGUCAAAGAGCCAAACAGAAGAAAUCAUUUCAGUGGGAUGGCCUGGGGCUAGCUGUAUCCAGAGUAAAGUGAUGUCCAGGGUCUCAGAGGCAGAUGUGUCCAGAGAAAAUGUGCAGUUUUGGGGUGUUUCCCUGCCCUUUUGAAAUAAACCAGACUGGAGUUUCUAUCAUGUCA